GGCAGUGCCAGGACAGGGAAGGGCAACCAAUCUGCCCCUCAUCUCCCUAAACAACCUAAACACCCUGCUGGAGAUCCCAAGCAUAGCUAUGCAGGCUGAGAGGAACACUUUGGCUGGGGGCAGAACACUCUCCAAACCUCCCCAUGCCACCAUCAAAGACAAGAUCUCAAAGUUUGAAGGAAAGGAGUCUACCCCAUCCCCAACAUUAACAACAGCUACAACUACACCCACUCAGAGUAUUGUGGAAAGAACUGACUCCUUAAUUAAGAGUGAUUCCAAACCCACCAUUGAGGACUGCGAAAGACCAACCAACAGAGAGAAGCAGAAGAACAAUGGGAAGGAGAACAUAGAGCAUAUCUCCCCAACAGUCACUACAGUUCCUAUUGUGAAAAUAACAGAAUCCCUAAAAAAGAUUGAUUCCAUGGAGCACUGGAGUAGACCAGCCAGCAAGGAGACACAGCAGAACCAUGGGAAAGAUAAUGUAGAAAUGGCUGGGAAUUCGAGGACUACCUCGCCUGUGGGGCAUGUAAAGGACACUACUGUGAAAAUAACUGAAUCCCUUCAGAAGAAGGAUGUCAGACCCUCCGAGGAGCAGCAUAAAGGACACUGCAGCAGGCUGACCAGCAGGGAAAAGCAGCAGAACCUUGGGAAAGCGAUCAUAGGAAGGGCAGGGGUUUCUCGGCCUACUGUGGAGCCUGUGAAGGAGCAGGUGAUGGGGAUGCUGAAGAAAGACAAUGGUAGGAGACUGGUGGAGCAGAGAGCCGUCUUCACUCUCUUCAAGAAACUGGAGCAGACCAUGAGGGAGGAGAACCCCAGCAAGAGUCCUCUAGAGCUACCUGGCAACUACUUCUGCCCACCUAGCAGAGAUACACAUGUAGAGGCCAAGAGAAGAGAGAUAGAAUCCAUUUUAGGAACAUUGGAUGCUGACGAGAUGUUUGGGGAGUCAAGGCAAGGUGGGCAUGAGGGACGAGACCUGCAGAAUGUGUACACAGAGCCAGGGUCACCACCCAUAAACCCGGUCCCCAAACCCCAGCGUACCUUCCAGCAACGUACCUUUCAGCACCUCUCCAAAUUUGAAGUGGGGACCCGCUCAUUACCGAGACAUGGGAAAGGGCAGAGGAAUCUGCCCCCACUGCCUUCCAUCUCCCCUCCACCUCUGUCCAACCAGCCUUCCCCCAACAUCUACAGGAGACCCAGGACAGACAGACAAAGAGAUAGAGACAACCCCAAUAGGAAAUCAUUUGAGUUUGAGGACAUUCCAUCAUGUCAUCCGCCUUAUCAUCAUUAUGAAAUUAUUACAGACUCUUCCAAGGAGAAUCCAUAUGAGGACAUUGAGGUAUCCAGUCAGUGCUCAUCACAACCUUCUCUACCUUCCUCUCCUGGGUCAGAAUGCUCCAAGAUCUCCAGGCCUGGUUUCUUCAGACAGAACUCUGGUGGGAGUUGCAGCUUCAAGCUUCCAGAUCUGCGUAAGACCAACCAUCACCGUAGUGAUAGUGGAGGAGUAGCAUCUCCCCCCCGGCUCAGCCCCCAGUCCACCCCUCACAGCGCAGAUGAGCUGCCCCACUGGCUGUCUGGAGGAGAUUCCUAUAACCACGCCUGCAGGAGGAUACCAAUGGAUGUGCUUAAAAUCAACAGUAUCUUUGAGGCUCGUGUUGGAAAGAAACAUCUGAGGAGGGUCUAUCACCUUGCUGAGACCAGCUCAGGGAGAGUCACAGAUGAAAACACUGACUCAGAGAGUGAGACAGAGGACAGGGCUAAAGCCCAUCGGCAGCGCAUGUCCUCAGUCCAGUCUAUCCUGAGCCAGCCGGGUGAGGGUCAGUACUGUAACAAACAUAGCUCUCUGGACCUCACCAGGAAUCUGAAGGAGCUACAUCAACGCCAGCUCUUUGAGUACUUUCUGGUUGUGGCGCUGCACAGGACCAAGGCUGGCGUCCACUACCUGCCGGAGGUCACACAGCACUUUCCCCUCAAGCUGGAGCGGAGCUUCAAGUUCAUGAAGGAGACAGAGGAUCAGCUAAGGAUCAUCCCCCAGUUCUGUUUCCCUGAUGCUAAGGACUUGAAGCCAGUAGAGAACUACCCCAGUGAAAUGUUCUCUUUUGUUUUGACUGGCGAAGAUGGAAGCAGGAGGUUUGGAUACUGUCGUCGUCUACUGCCCAGUGGGAAAGGAAAGCGUCUUCCUGAAGUCUACUGCAUCGUCAGCCACCUGGGAUGCUUCCACCUCUUCUCCAAGGUCCUGGAUGAGGUGGAGAGGAGGAGAGCCCUGUCUCCAGCCCUGGUCCAGCCCUUCAUGAGGGCCAUUAUGGAAGCUCCGUUCCCUGCUCCUGGCAGACCCAUCACCAUUAAAACCUUCCUGCCCGGAUCUGGUACUGAGGUAAUGGAGCUAUGUCGUCCGUCUGACUCUCGUCUGGAGCAUGUGGACUUUGAGUGUCUCUUCUCCUGUCUGAGUCUGCGUCUGCUACUCAGGGUCUUUGGUUCUCUCCUGCUGGAACGUAGGGUCAUCUUCACUGCAGACAAACUCAGUACUCUGUCUCAGUGCUGCCAUGCGGUGGUGGCUCUACUCUACCCGUUCACCUGGCAGCACACCUACAUCCCCGUACUGCCCCCUGCCAUGCUGGACAUAGUGUGUACCCCCACCCCCUUCAUCGUAGGGCUACUGUCCAGCUCCCUCCCUCAGCUCACAGAGCUACCCCUAGAGGAGGUUCUGGUGGUUGACCUUGGAAACAGUCGCUUCCUCAGACAGCUGGAUGAUGAGGACACUAUCCUGCCUUCUAAACUCCAGUCAGCCCUAGAGACAGUCCUGGAGAGGAGGAGAGAACUGGCGUCAGAGCGAGGAGGAGACGGUCCUAAUGACUCUGGCCACCUCAGCACCGUUGUGUCCGAGGCCUUUGUGCGUUUCUUUGUAGAACUUGUCAGCCACUAUCCACUCUUCAUCACCCAAAGGGAGGUUGAGGCCUCCUCCCCCGUCCCUUCUUCUUUCCAACGCGAGUCCUUCCGUAAGUCUGUCUCGUCUAAGAGUAUGAGACAGUUCCUGGAGGUCUUCAUGGAGACACAGAUGUUUGGACUGUUCAUCCAGGAGAGAGAGCACCACAGACAGGCACUGAGAGGACUGUUUGAGGUGAGGGUGCACGAGUAUUUGGAUUCAAUUCAUGGUAAUGAGCAUCGCAGGGUUAACAAGUUCCUCAAAGGACUGGGAAAUAAAAUGAAAUUCCUGUCCAAAAAGUGAUCCCCUCUCCACCGAUAAUCUGUUAAAUCAGUAGCCUACAUGCAGAUGAAGAUGGGACUGGACACAUUAAUGACUGAAGAACCAAGAGACCGACUGACAAUGAGUUUAUUAUGACUGAGGCCAUGUCUAGACUUGACAGUUAAUGCAGUUUUUGUAUUCUGAUCAUGGAGUUCUGAUCAUGGAAUUUCAAAUAAAAUAGUACAUUUUAUAUAAUUGUAUUUAACCAGGGAAAAACGCAUUGAGACCUAGGUCUCUUUUGCACAUGUGCCCUGGUAACAAUACAGAAAUAAAAUUGUACACUAUUUAAAACACCAAAUUUAAUAAAUAGGAAAUAUUAUAUAAACAAAAACAAUUAUUUAUUUAUUUAUUUAUAUAUAUAUAUAUAUAUAAAAUCCCCAGCCUUUCUCCUAAAUUGACCCAGAGACAACAGCACAUUCAAAUGAUUAUUCCACAUGAUAGGGGCCUGAUAGGAAAAGGCAGAUUUACCCAACUCUAUGGAUACACGUGGAGUCUCCAUCAGUAACCAACCCUGUGAUCUAAUGUUGUAAUCCACAUCCACAAGUAAAUUGGUAGUUUUAUUGAGUAAGGCUUCAUAAAUAAAAACAGAAUAAUGAAGUGACUUCUGUGUUUUUAGCUAGGUCCAACCAACAUAAUGAUAGGAUGCAGUGGUCAGUGUCAAAACUGUCAGAUGUUAUAAAACAAAGUGUGCUAUGAUAAAGUGUGUCCAAGGGCUUCAAAACACUGAAGCAGCAUUCAUGUAUUUAAUAUCACCAUAAUCUAUAACAGGAAUAAAUGUAGCCUGAAUGAUCUGUUUUCUUCUAUUUAAAUGAAAGGCUGGCCCUAUUCCUACUAAGCCCAACUUAAUUAUUAAUUUAUUGACUAACUCGUCAACAUGCUUUUUAAAAGAUAGCAUGCAUCUACACCUACAUUUAAAUGUGUCUACUGUGUCCACACUUUGUUCUGGCUUGCAUUUAUGAGGCCAGCAAACACGUUCCUCAAACUCUAGAAACAUAUUUCCUCCAACAUUAUAAUGAAAAGGUAGCCAUCUCUGAACACAAUCAGACCACCUGUCUUUUCAAUCCGAUCCUCAUAUUCUGAUAGCAGAAGUCGCAUGUAAGUGUCAAGUGUAGACAUGCCCCCAGGGACACAUGAAGCCUGUAGAGAGACUGGUAUUGUACUAUAUAGUGUAAUUAUCUAGUCUAAAUUAUCCAAACUGCAUUUGAGGCCACAUGAGGGCAGUAGUUCAUUUUAUUUUAGCAUGUAUAAUGUAAUUGCUAUGAGUGUGUCUGAUUUGAUGAAUACAGAUAUUUGCCUUGACCAUUGUUUUUGUGAAUGAGACUUUGGCCAGGAUUCAAUCAGAUUGAGCGUUAGCCAGCAUUGACCGAUAUCCGCAUAGGAAAUGUAUUGGUGGUGUUGGAGGUGUUAACUGCAGUAUGAGCUGACAUAUCAGUGAGCGGCUGCUCGUGUGUCACAAACCACUCCGUUAUUUAUUAUACCUAUUGCGUUAGAAGUUCAAAACUGCGCUAGAAAGUGAAGGCUCUAUCGAUCUUCGAAAUAAUGACUCUCAAAUGUCAAACCAUUGAUGUUAGGCUAAUGUAUGUUGUCAUGUUAAUUUGGAUGGGGGGGGGGAUUUAUGCCUAUUAAUAUACAAAUUAUUUUUGAACUUGUAAAGUGGCUGUAUGGGAUUUGUCGGAUUAUAGUCAGGUGUGAUUUCAUUGCAUCCAAUGGCAGUCUGCAAUAAGGUAACGCAAUAAACUGCUUGUGGAUUUGACAGCUCUAACGCAAUUCCACCUCAGAUACCGUCAAAACAACUCUAUGCAGAUGUCAAGCUGAUUGAAACCUGCCCUCUGACUGGAGAAUUAUUUGCGGACAAAACCAACAGCUUUUGUUUCCCUUGAAUUCCUUUGUUUAUUUCAGUGUUGUGUACAAUAAAUGUUAGUACAUUGAGGGUCUAAAAAACGGACAACUUAAAAUGUACUGUAUGAAGUUGAA